AUGGCCGACGCCAUAAGUAAGAGGGAGAAGAAUCAGGAGAUUCCUUUGUUUCUCUUACCCAACCACUGGAGGGAUCUGGACAUCAGCCCUCGCCGGUUCCUAGCGCAUCAUGAUGUCUACGACUGCAUUGUCGAUGAGAACGCCCCCGCCGAAGAACAACUUAACCAGCUGAAAUCCCGCUACACUAUGCUGGCGAACAAUAUUGCGCAGUUUCUUGAGGAGGAGGAGCUCCUAACGGUUGCUGGAGCAGGUGAAUGGUCCAGGACCAUGCCAGGCUACUGGCCAGAAGAAUUCGCUUCUGCGCAUUACUAUGUUAACACAUUUGGUUUCAACUGGGCCUAUUUAUCCCUUAGUGACAUGAAGUGGACCAAGGCCCAGAAGAAACAACUUGUUUCCAGGCUUGAUGGUUACUGUGUGCAGGAGGACUUGGAUAGUAUUAUCUCCUGCCUCCGUGAGAACGACCGCGCAUGGUUUCCAAAGUGCCUGGUGGCCGCUUUCAUAAUGAAGAGGGCCGUGGACACCUUCUUCCGCCAACCCUUUUGGUAUGUUGAACCGUUGCCCAAGGGGCAAGAGUUUUUCACCGGGGAUGCCAAGUGGCAGGGAGUUUCGCCUCACGGCGUAGUUCUGGAGGAGCUGUUGGCACAGUUUAAACAAGUCAACAUCUCGUUUGCCCGCAUCUGGCGCGCCCUGACGACCCGCCUCUGUAACCAGAAGUACUAUCCAGCGGACUACGAAAAGACCCUCCGAGCGCGUCGGCGGGCGCGAUGCCAGUCCCUGGCCAAAGAGAUCCUCGCCGACAAAGUCUUCAGCUACCUGAUGAAGCCCAUCACGGACGAUCAAGUCCAAGCUAGGGAGGACGUCCUCGCUCAUUACCUCGCUAAGAUUUCGGAUAUCGCUGCCAACAUGCACUCGCAGAACCCCUGCCUCCGAUUCGAGACCCUCCCCGACCUCGAGCCACGCUUCACCGAGGCGUCGGGGACCAUGGAGCCCGAGUACGAAGUCGACCUCCCCAAGGGCGACACCAAGUUCGAUGGAUGCCGCGUGCUACUUCUCCAGUAUCCGCACGUCGUCCGGGACGGGUACGAGAAUGGAAUGGAGGGGGAAACUGUGACGGUGCGGCCUGCUCUUGCUGUUCUGGAUUUUACCAAUGUGCCAAAGGAACAUCACUGA